UCCUCGUCGUCCUCGUCGACAUCGGCGUCGUCUUAAUACCGUCGCGGUAAUUUACUUUAUUUUCUUUCCUUUUUUUUCUUUUCCCCCUUUCUCCACCUCACGGUUUCUCUCGUGGGAGACUACGUGUAGCAUUCGUCUCGUCGACCGGCACACAUUAUACGUUUUUUCCUUUCCCGUUCCUCGUCUUCCCGCUGCUGCUUCUUCUCUCUCUUUCUCUUUGUGGAAGGAAGGAUAGACGGAAACAUAUAUACUGGUGGAUUUUAAAGUCGAUCAAGAGGAACCAAGCUUCCUUGGAAUACUUUUUCGAGCGGAGGAAGAAGGAAAAUACCAAGAUGAGAAGAGUCCAGUCGUGGACGAUGCUGAGAAAGAUCGUUGAUUGCUCUCGAGAAGCGUAUCGCGGUUCUGUCCAACGUGGAUUAACGCUUGGAUGCCGUGUCCCCGGUAGUCAGGUUCACUACCUUCUCCGCAUUAUUCAGAAAACUUCAUGCAUAUUCAGGAUGGACGGGUAGUGUUCUCCACGGUCUCUCGAUGAUGUUCAUAACUUUCGGAAGAGAUAUCCGCGUGUCUCGUUACUGGCCCUACCGUUUCGCUAAAGGAAGACAAGACCGAGAAGUGUAGCAGCAUGGUAUGAUAAAGCGAGCCUGAAGAUUCUCCCCCUGAAAAUGAAGAAGCCUCAUAUCUUGACGUACCUGGUCAUCCUACCUCUAGUGCUGGGAUUUACCUUGCAAGAGGACGACCUUGUCUUCGACGAUGUCGGCGAGGAAACAAGCAGUACUCCUUCGAUCGAGAGACACAUUGAAGAUAAUAGUAGAAACGCGAUAGAACGGGAUAAAAAAUUGGCAAAAGAUACUACAAAGAAACAUCAUCGGGUCGAGAGAUUAUGGAAUAUCCCGGAUGUUGUUGUUCCAGUGGGUCACGUUUUCAAGUUAAGGAUCACGAGACAAGCUUUCGAUGGUAGCGUAGAUCGUUACGAGAUACACGAGGCAAAUGGAGAAAGGUUGCCCCGUUGGUUGUACUGGGACGAUGCUGCUUCCACUCUUCUUGGUGUUCCAUCGAAGAAGGACGUCGGCAAUCAUCAUUUAAUCGUCAAGGCUAUUGGAAAAUACGGCGACAACGCCAAGGACACUUUCGUCGUUCAGGUUGUCCCGGAAAAACGCGAGGAAGUUAAGCAUAAAGAUGGCAAGACUCACUGUAAAGAAGGAGAAGACCAGACGUUGCUAACGAUUUUGUUGGAUGUCAAGUUUGAGAAUCUCACACCGUCCGUUAAAGUAAAUGCGAUCGAGAACCUUGCUGGAUUUUUGGGACUUCACAACAGCGCAUUUUCAAUGCAUCCACAAAGUGGCAAACUCGAGAACACGAAUCCUGAUUCUCUGGUUAUAUUUAGUGGGCCUGGGAACGUUAAAUAUCGCACCGAGAAACAUCUAACGACUAUCCAAUGGCAGGUUGGGUGCGACGGUCAUUUAUGGAGGCAUCAAACGGAUUUGGUUAAACAAUUGCGAGAUCAGGCGAAAGAUGGGACCCUAGCGGAAGUUCUUCAACUUCCAGUACUAUUGUGGCGCGUUAAGACUGACUCGACUUCUCUAUCUAGAAACCGUAGAGAAGUCGGAUCUGGUGAUUUUGAAACGGACGAUUACGAAGGUUACGAUUACGACGAUGACGAGUAUGGGGAAGACGAGGAUGGUGGUGACGAUAACGAAGCGAUCACGGAAUCACCCUUGCAGCCAACUUUGUUUGUGCCAAAUGCUAACUCGAGAGGAAACACCGAAUUGUUGGAACAUCCACAUAGACAUCAUCAUGGAGAAGAAACAUUAGAUUUGGGCAACGAAGAAGAAGUUGACGAACGAGAAAUCAUCCCGUAUCUCGAUCGAGAAUCUAACGCCUCGUUAGGUGUUUCUUCUACCACAACAACCACCCAAAUUACACCGUCAUCAACUACAACAACCACAACCAUGCCAACUACGACUACUUCAACUACAACGACUCAAGCUACGACAAUGCCCACGAGUACAACUACUACUCCGAAUACUACAACAACUACUACUACUACUACUACAACUACAACUAGCAUGACCACGACAAGUACAAUAGCAGAUACAACAAUAACUACCACUUCGAGCACCGUCGUUCCAUCAACAGAAUCUACCAAGGUGGAUAUCCUGGAAGAGUCCGGAGAAAAUACAGAACGCGUGGACGUGGAAUCCGUUACCCUGUUACCCACAAUAUCUCCCGAAAUCACUACCACUCUAUCAUCGAUUACUACGCUUCAAUUUAAUACAACAGCUGCUUCAAGCAGCGCUACCGGAAAAGCAGAAACAGAAGUUACCACUGUUCUUGCUAACGUUACGUUCGAAGAGCCCACGUAUGGAACGACAGUACCUGCAACGCACCAACCAACAACGACCCCGAUUACGUCAUCUACUACUGUUAGUAGUACAAGUGUCCCUACAACUAUCCCACCCACGCAACCUGCUACGGUAUCUUCUACUAUUAACACAACAUUAGAAAUACAUGCAACACCAACGACUACGAGUACAUCAUCCACUGUUUCUGCCGUUGCUGCUGCUGCUAAUACUACUACUACUACUACUGCUACUUCUACUACUACUAGCGCUACUACCACCACUACGACGCCUCAACCGACUACGAUCUUUACGAUACCACCAACAACAGAGAAUAUUCUACUUCCGGUUAACAAUUUACCACCCAAAAAGGACAGAAGGUUGAAGAAACUUCGAGUCGUUGCUGGCAAACCAUUAAGUUACGUUAUACCUGCUGACACCUUCAGUGAUACCGAGGAUGGAAAUACGAGAGAUCUCAAAUUGAGUCUAUAUCUGCAAGGUGUACCGAUCAAACCUACCAACUGGCUUCAAUUCAAUCCUCGUACUCAAGAAGUCUAUGGACUACCUCUAGAAAACGACAUUUCUACAUGGACAUAUGAAUUGGUGGCCACAGAUAGCGGCGGACUAAAUAUUUCCGACAUUUUAGAUGUUCACGUUCAACAGCACAGAUUAAGUCGCAUCGUCAAUCAUGAAUUUAGUAUUUAUCUGAAAAUAGAUAAGCGCAAUCGUUUUCCAACCGACGUUGAUUGGGAAUUACAGGUAAUCGGAAGUUUGGCUGAAUUGUACGGCGACGCAGAUCCACAAUAUAUAACGGUACGAGCAAUCGACAUUGAUCACGAUCAAGCUAUUUUCACUUGGAUGAACGACACCUUCCCCCGGAGUAGCGAGUGUCCCAAAGAUCAUAUAAAUGAACUGUUACGCAUUUUAAUCGAUAAGGAUGGCGACCCUAGUCCCUUAUUGAGAGGAGCUUUGGCAUCCGAAAUAAGAGUUAAGCGUGUCGUUUUCCAAGGAAUUGGUCAAUGCGAGGAUAUGAAUCAAUCGGCGGGAAUACCUAAAAUUCAUACCGAAGAACCCAAAGUGAACUUCCCUCCUGUUCCAAGAAAUCAAGUGGAUCAUGUCAAUGCCACCGUAGGACAGUUGCUCGUGUUCAAAGUCCCAGAAGACACAUUCUUCGAUGCAGAGGAUGGAUCUUCUCGUAAUAUGAAAAUGUCUCUAUUAACGAUUGACCGUACACCUAUUCCAACCAACGAAUGGUUACAAUUUGAUAGUAAAAAUCAAGAAUUUUAUGGUGUACCUUUGCAAAAUGACGCAGGUCGAAAGGAAUAUCAAUUGGUCGUGACAGAUAGAGAAGGUGCUAGUGCUACAGAUGGUUUAGUAGUUGUCGUACAUCCAGCUCCCCCCAUGGCGCAUACGGUUGAGUUUUCGAUGACUCUGGAUAUACCAUACGAGUCAUUUGCUCAUUCAGCAAUGCAAAAACGUGAUUUUAUAGAAAAAUUACGCGACUUGUACAACGAUCGUGAUACCAGUGCUAUCUCAUUGCACAGCAUUUCGAACGGCAGUACCGUCAUUACGUGGCACAAUAGAACAUUACCAACAACUUAUUGCGCUCACGAAGAAGUUGGUAGAUUACGAGCGGUAUUAGUAAAAAGUGACAAUGAUAGGAGAUCGGUGACAGACGAGGUCUUGGACGUGAUGGGUGCAAAGUUUCCGGUUAAGCAAAUAACCGUAAUACCAAUGGGAAUAUGUCGCGGUGAAUUGACGGGCGUUCAUUCUCCGGAUGGUAACGUUCCACCCGUCGACGAUUCCACUUCUGUCGGAGCAUUUCACGAUGAUUAUCUCAUCACCUUCGUUCUUCCUGCAAUAAUAGUAGCAGCUAUGCUCAUUUUCGCUGGUGUCAUAGCUUGCAUACUUUACAAACGAAGACGCAGCGGGAAGAUGAGCGUUAGCGAACAGGACGACGAGCGACAGAGUUUUCGUAGCAAAGGAAUACCCGUAAUAUUUCAAGACGAGCUCGAUGAGAAACCAGAUCCAGGCAACAAGUCGCCCGUUAUCCUGAAGGAAGAGAAACCACCCCUUCCACCCCCGGAAUAUCAAAAAAGCGAAGACGGCGCUGACGUACCAAUGUUACCAAAAGAAAAUUCCGAGGAGCCUUACCAACCGCCACCGCCGUUCGCGACAAAUCGCGAUACGAAUCGACAAAAUCGUCCAAAGCCUACGCCGACGUACAGAAAACCGCCCCCGUACGUGCCUCCCUAACAAAAUGCAGUGCACUCGCCUACGCGCAAAUAUAUGUUAGCUAUGCUCGGAGAUGCAUCACCGAUACACGUGCAAAAGCAAAAGGAUUCUUACAAGAAAUCUCAGUUUGGCGGAAACGUUGAAAAUUACGGGGCUCUAAACGUUUACAGCGAUCACUGAACUUGAACUUUUCUUGCACGAGGUAUCACAUAAGAACCUGAAAGAUUUCUUCGCGAGAAGUAUCUACUUGCACGUUUUUACUUAUUACGUUUAUACUACGGACAAAUGGAUUGUCACUAUAACUACAAGUUUAAACUGAAACGUUGGCCUUACGUUUAACAUGAACUUUAAGAACAAACUUUUAUAACCUCCAUUAACAUAUUUCAUUGAAUCUUCUUUUCUAUUUCAUUUAUCGAAAAAGUAUUUUUUAAGGAGUAUGGAAUACAAAUCACACGUUGCCUUUCGUAACGAAUUCAAACUGUAGAGAAGGAUUCACUGCUCCGAUUGAAAGAGUAAAUUUAGUUUAGAUCAUUGUAGAAGCAGCAGCAGCAACAGCAGCAACAGUGAUAGGACGACGACAAGGUAUACUUUUAUUCGAAAUAAUGCUCAAGAGACAGCAACGACUUUCGUAUUUUAGUAAUCAGUACCAUUUUUCUAAGCAAUAAGCGUACAAGUCUAUCGCGUACUUGCGCCUAUUAGAUCUACGGCUUAUUGCCCUAAUAUACCUUGACAAAUCGAUCAAGUUUCUUCAAGAAGUAUUCGAUAACUCUAAGGAAACUUUUAAUCGUAUCUGCAACAUAUAACACUGCCAGAAAAGUACUACAGUCGUUAUACUAACGAUGUAUAGCCGGUGAUUUAAAGCGUCAGUUUAACGAACCGACUUUUCGUUCAUUAACUUUAACAUCAUUAAGAUUUAAUCGAACUGGCGCUUAGCGGAAUCAUCGUUGUUUUGAUAAAUAAAUGUCCCAGAUGAAGAAAAACCGAUGAGCCCUUGAUAAAAAAUUUGCAAAUAUUGGUGAUUCGUGCAAUGCCAUUGAAAAGUGACAGCAAAAUGCUUCCAUUGGCGCCGUAGGCCAUUCAGAUUAAAGACAAAAUAUUAAAAUAUAAUAAUAAUAAUAUUAAUAAUAAUAAUAAUAUAUAUAUAUAUAUAUAUAUAUAAAUAUAAAUAUGUAUAUGUAUAUUAUAUACACCUAUUUGCUGUUCGAUAGACAUUGUCUGUGAGGUAUUUAAAGCAAAGAUAUUUAAAUACUGCCGGACAAGCGUCGUAGCAAUUACGUUCUUUACGUGUAAAAUUAAGCAUCGGUCCUACUUUUUCUUCUUUUUCACGCACAAUUCGUGGCAACGACGUUUUUUGGGAACAAAUUGUACAAUUAUCGCCGAAGAUAAGUUUAACUCUGCCUUUUCAUUUCGCCAAAUUUCUAUUACAAUCAAUUUUCACGAUGUAUUUAGAUCAACGUUAACGAAUGAUUUUAACAUUGAUUUAAAUACCAACGCAUUCAUACACAAAUAAUAUACCUUAUAUAAUUUAGAUAUUACAUAGUUACCAAGCCAAAAAAUAAUUAAUAUUUAACAAAUGGGGAAUGAGAUUAAAUAGUUAGCGCUAAAAGAAGAAGAAAAGAAAAGAAAAAAAAAAAAACAGAAAAAAAUUAACGAAAAAGAGAACGGAGAAAAAUCAACAAUGUCACUAAAAAAAAGAAAACGUUAUUCGGAACGUGUUCGGAAGCUUGUUGUUCAAGGAGAAGUUUGUUUUAUAAUCAUUUUUGUAAUAUUUUAGCGUAACGCUAAACAUCAAUGCUAAUAAUUUAACGUGCGGGACGCGAUAAACGGGUAAAAUGUCUAACGCGUAUCAGCCGUGUUUCUUCGAUACCUCGAUACUUUUUCCUGAUAUUUUUGAAAAGGAAAUGUAAGAAACGAUUUAUAAAAAAAAAAAAAGGAAAAAUAAGAAGAAUGAAAGAGAGCGGAAAGAACAAAGAAAAAAAAAACAAAGUAUCUGUGCAACCUCGAAAUUGAAGGUUUCGUCUUUUAUUCGUCUCAUUACCGACAGACGGACGGACAGACGAACAGACCCCCUGACGCAAUCCUAACGAAAUCGCUAAUACUGGGUGAAACUCCUAUGAAAGUCGUGUGAAUGGUAAUAACUAUUGUAUGUAACAUAGCAGAUGGAUGUUUCGUAUGCAAGCUAAAUUACUUGAAUAAUAUAUAUAUAGAUAUAUUAUGUCUAUAUAUAUAUUAUCUAUUAAUUCGCGUCUCUGUAAACUCUGAGAGUUGAUAACAUGACGAUCGAGUCCUUUUCAUUAUCUCUUGUUUAUCGCAGAAAAACUUUUUACUAAUUUUUUACUACGUGUACGCAGUCAAGAUACUAGGCUGAUGUAUUUCGUUCGUUUAAGAAGCCUCACAUACAUAUACACAGACACAAACACAAGUAGUUUAUUUUUCUAUUUUUUAUUUCCUUUCUACUAUUCCUUAUUUCUUUAUUCUAUAAUAAAAGUUAGUUUUGAUAGCAGACAAAUGAUUAUCUACCGACGCUUAAUUAUUGAUACGUUUUUAUGAAUUAGGAAGUAAGAGAGUGAAGGCGCAGUAUGUAAGUAUGUACUUUUCUUGUAUUUUAAUCAGAUAAUGAAAAACAUAAGAAAAAAAUAAAAAUUCUCGUUUAAUUCGCUGAAGCGAAUUUAUCUUUUCGCAAGCUGCGAUAAACAAGUUCUUUUCAUAUCAUGCUUUUAAUCAUAUCAUCGCUCGUGCGUCUUCUUUAAACUCCACAUCUUAUUAUUGUGAAAAUGGAGAUUAUGUAUAAUAGUCGUGUACAAUAUCAUCAUACGUACAUAUGUAUAUGACAAGAUACGAUGCGAUUUGAAAGCCGGGAGAUAUUCGUUUGCAAGGAAUUCUAUCGAAAAUCUAGGUCCACCACCGAGUUCAAGGACUUCAUUUACGGAAUACGUGUAUAUCUUCGAAAUAUUUUAUAAUUGUAUAAAGGAUACGAGCAAAAUGUGAAAAAGCAAAUAGACGAAGGAGAUAUACUAACGUAAAAUAAGUAUAUGAGAAAAAUUUCAUCGUCAUUUUCGUAUUUGAAAUAUGCGAGAGGGUUAAGAGAGUGUAAAAUGAUUUAUCGAUUGGACGCACUAAAUUCAUGCAAAAUUAUUAUUUGCCAAGAGAAGAGAAAAAAAAUGACAAGUUUAUUACACUAUCGUAUCGUCCAUACGAGAUUUACACAAUUUAUAUAUAUAUAUAUAUAUUUAGAUAUAGAGUUAACGGCAGGUUCAACGAUAUUUUCAUCUGCAAGAUAAACGUCAUUGCGUCGGUGUAUUUUUCGCUAAGCGAAACAAAGAAAAAUAUUCAUUUGAAUUUGAAACACACAUUUGGGAAAUAACGAGGAGGGUUAGAUAAUCGCGUGAAGAGAGAUUUUUUAGUAUUUUAGGAUGUUUUCGAAAUGAUUUUAAGCCUACGUGCGUAGUCAAGCACGCUCGUCGAGGAUGAAUGAAUGGAAUAUUGAAACAAUGAUAUACUCUUACGGAAUGUAUCUAUGGCAAGUACUACAUAUUAAACACGUGUAAGGUUACGAGUUAAUAAAAAGCCAUUUUAGGGUACAACGUGUGCGUCCUUUGUACUUGUCUUAAGUUUUAAGCUUUUUCGUAGAGAUGUACGAAGAAAAAUCCUUUGGGUAAGAUGCAUUUGAACCUGUAACAUCGAGGAAGGGAAACGAAAUCGUGACUAUAAAAAUGAUCCUUUUAAAAAAAAAAAAACAACAUACGAAUAGGAAGGAAUGAGCGAGAGUCACGCGAAAAAAAUCGAUCGUUAUACUUCGAAAGUCGAGCGGGCUACGUUUAAAGCAUAAUUACUAUAUAGACACGACUUGUCUCCUUUUUGUAUCAUUAAAAUGUAAGUUCUCGCGUCGUUUUCAUCAAGGUAUCCAAAUACAUUAUGUUUUUAUGAAA